CUUUUGGGCACCUUUUAAGCUCGGGGAGACAAACCUGACGCCAAGUCCCCAUCACUGGUGUUGAGGUCCUCAUGUUAGAACCUUUCCAGUGGGUGCCCAUCACUGCAGAGCUGCGCAGCUCCCAGGGCUCUGCACGUGGGUAGGGCUCUGGGUGGCUGCCUGCAAGCUCCCGUGUGCCUGGGGAGAGUCAGUGCCCUUAUGCCGGGCUCUGUGGGUUGCUGUCUUUCCACUUUUAGGUAUUUGCUAUGUAUAGAUUUGAAUGUUGCUACAUAUGCGUGCUGGGAGCAGUUGGAGGGGUAGAUAUGUAUAGGACAUCAUGUGUUCAAAUGUGUCUUGCGUAAGUGAGCUUGUGAAAACUACUUUGAUGUUAUAGUUAGAUGCCGUAUAAAUCAUAACUGUGUGUGAAGCUCUCCAAAUUGUGUGUGCGUGUCUAAUGUUACAGAUGUGCACUGUCAUGUCCUUAUUUUUAUGCAAUUUUUUACCUUUUUCAUUAAAAAGUAAAAAGCCCAGUUGAACUCUGAGCAGGACAAGGGGUUUGUGCCUUAUGUCACCUGUGAUGCGAAUCUUGGCAGCCCCUGUAUGUUCAUGCAGAACAGUGUCAGGACAGGGGGGGAAGUUUGUCAAAGUCUGCAGCACCAGUGGUGCAUGGGGAAGGCCGGGGGGGCUGUUCUCAAUUUCCUGAGGCUCCGUACUCUGUUCCCUGGGGCUCUCCUGGAGUCCCCCUGCCUUCUGUAGCUGCUGCUUGGAGUGAUACAUGUGGUGCCAGGGACUGGGGACUGCUGGCCAGCUGCUGCAUGGGGACUUGGUCCAUCACCUGACCUGUGGGUUUUCCUCUCCCUCCUUCCUGCCCCUCUCCCCCUCCUCUGCAGCCCGCCAGAGAGCUGGUGCUUGGGUGUGUGUGGAGCGGUGGGCUUGGUGAGGCACCACAAAACCUCCCACCCGACCCCUGACACGAGUGGCAUGAACUUGGAGCCAGGUGAGUGCGGGAUGAACUCGGUGAGCUGUGGCAACGGGAAACUCCGCCAGUGGCUGAUCGACCAGAUAGACAGCGGCAAGUACCCGGGGCUAAUGUGGGAGAACGAUGAGAAGAGCAUCUUCCGCAUCCCCUGGAAACAUGCUGGCAAGCAGGACUACAACCGUGAGGAGGAUGCUGCCCUCUUCAAGGCUUGGGCUCUUUUUAAAGGAAAGUUCAGAGAGGGCAUUGAUAAACCAGAUCCCCCUACUUGGAAGACAAGAUUAAGGUGUGCUUUGAACAAGAGCAAUGACUUUGAAGAACUGGUAGAGAGAAGCCAGCUGGACAUCUCAGAUCCCUAUAAAGUGUACAGAAUAGUGCCAGAAGGAGCUAAAAAAGGUGCAAAACAGAUCAGCAUGGAGGAACAACCGUUAAUGAUGAACCACCCAUUUCCAAUACCAUCUCCUUACACUUCACUCCCAUCUCAGGUACCAAACUACAUGGUGCCCCAUGAACGGAACUGGAGGGAGUUUGCCCCAGAGCAGCCACAUCCUGACAUCCCCUACCAGUGUGCCAGCGUCCCCUUCGCAGCUCGCAGUCACCACUGGCAAGGGCCCGGCUGUGAAAAUGGUUGUCAGGUGACAGGAACCUUUUAUGCUUGUGCCCCUCCUGAGUCUCAGGCUCCUGGCAUCCCGAUUGAGCCAAGCAUAAGGUCUGGUGAAGCCCUCGCCCUGUCAGAUUGCCGACUCCACAUCUGCUUAUAUUACCGUGAAAUACUGGUAAAGGAGGUGACAACUUCUAGUCCUGAAGGCUGUAGGAUAUCCCAUGGCCAAAGUUAUGAGGUCAGCAGCCUGGACCAAGUUAUCUUUCCUUAUCCAGAGGAUAAUGGCCAGAGGAAGAACAUAGAAAAACUACUGAACCACCUGGAACGAGGAGUAAUACUGUGGAUGGCACCUGAUGGCCUCUAUGCUAAGAGACUUUGCCAGAGCAGGAUCUACUGGGAUGGGCCUCUGGCUCUUUGCAGUGACCGACCCAACAAGCUGGAGAGGGACCAAACAUGCAAGCUCUUUGAUACUCAGCAGUUUUUAGCAGAACUGCAAGCCUUUGCUCACCAUGGACGUCCGCUGCCGAGAUACCAGGUGGCUCUGUGCUUUGGGGAGGAAUUUCCAGAUCCGCAAAGGCAGAGGAAGCUAAUUACAGCCCAUGUUGAACCAAUGUUUGCCAGGCAGCUGUAUUACUUUGCUCAACAAAACAGUGGACAUCUUCUGAGAGGCUAUGAUUUACCAGAACCUGUGGCUAGUCCAGAGGAUUAUCACAGAUCUAUUCGCCAUUCCUCUAUUCAAGAAUAAGAUCCUCAGAAAAGAGUAUUUUUAAAGGCACUGUAAGGAUUAUGCAGAGUGGAGGAGCAGAUCUGGAUCACAAUUUGGAGAUCCACAUCGCAGCUGGAAGCGUUCAGGGGUUCAAUAUAGGAAAGUGAACUAGGACAAGCAUAUUGUAUGAUACAAAUGAUGGGUCUCCAAUGUUUGGAUGCUACAUCUCACAUAGGUUCCACUGUUUGCUGAGAAUUACUCAAAACUGACGAAAUGAUUGCUAUGUUUACGUUUGCUUAAUGUUCUCCUUGGGUUUUGAGGACUGAUUCUUACCGAAGACUUAAAUCCAGCGUUUACACUGUUACCUUUGCAGGGCUAUUUAUUUUGGAUUACCGAUCUCAGGGAAGGUACAUAAAUUUGUGGUGUUCCCAAUUUGAAACUGUAGCUACUAUAGGUGCAUAGCAAACGUAGACGGUUUGUUGAGACCAGCUGAUACAUGUAAGUGGUUAUAAAUUUAGAUUCGUGUGAUGCCUAUAUUCUUGUAUAGAAUAUUUCAGUGUAUUUUUUUAAAAACAAUGCAAUUCUUCAGAGGUGUAUUUUUUUUUUUUAGUGCCUGACUGACAUUUGUCCUGACAAUGAAUUUUGUUGCUGCCGCUGUUCUUACUGGAUUAGCCCCCAUAAUAGCAGUUUCUAAGGUGAUGCUUUUAUGGUACUGUGUUAAUAAAAGUGACCGUUCAACUCAAAAUACUUGUGAAUUUAGUGGAUAAACCACUAAAAUUCUAGAGUCCCAAAGAGCAGGUUUAGAAAUAAAUUACGUUUUUAUUGUAAUUGAAAGCUACUAUGCAUUAUAUAUGUAUGCAUUAGAAUUAAGUUGAUAGACCUUGAAAAUAGCACAGAAAUGGUUCUGCUAGCCCUUUUUUUAUGUCACAUGCCCGAGCCAGGUUAAAAUAAGCACUAUCUCUGACUUAUACAGAGCCAGCUCUGCUCUUUGUGUGCACUUGGAGCUUUCUUCCAGUGGUACUGAAAUGAAUGUGAAGGGAGAGUUCAAGGAGAGCAGCAUUUGGCCUCCUGUAUUAAGACAGUCAAGGAAAUACUUGUUUUAACAUUUGCUUUCAAAAAUUUUACAGAAUUUGAUGCGAUUUACAGCUUUUGAUGAUAAGGUGCUGUUACAAAGACAAAGAGAAGAGAUCUGUUGGGCAUGCAUGUCGGCGAAAUUUCCUCGCUGGCGAGCAGGCUGUGUGCUCUUAGUAGCUAGCUCCAGAACAUGAUCUCCCCAUGCUUAACAGACGUACUUCACUCGACUUUCUAAAUGAGGAAGAAAAACCGGUACUUGGUCUGGCAGCAGACUUGUGUUCUAGGGACUUUAAAUUUAUACAUCUUACAGAUGCAUACUCUCUUGGGAUAUAUUAUCCCCCUCCUUCUCCAUAGUGCCAAGCAGAAUUAACAGAUCGUUUUUACUUUGUUACUUGAAGUGUUUUUCCUGGCUUAAAGAUUUUCUUAGGGGAGACCUCUUUCUUAGACAUGAAAAACCACUGCUCUAGGUGACCUUCAGAGCUUCUGCAUACGCUUUUGGCCUGUGCGUACAUUUUACUGAAAGGGACUGUUGUGUUCAAACUGAACUGGUACGAUACAAGUAUUUGAUGUGUUUUUCACUUUUUUUCUAGUGGUUGUUGCUUCAUAUGCUCAUACGCUUCAGCUCACAUCUUAGAAUAAAGUCCUUAUUCCCUACCAA